AGAGUAGCCAUUAGUGAGUAGCUACUGUGGCAUUGAUGUUUGAGCGCACUUCUGAACUGGCUUUUGUUGAGAAUAUCGGUGCAGAAAGCAUGCGCUGUCCCAAAUCCGCUGUUACUAUGAGAAAUGAGGAGCUGCUUUUAAGUAACGGCACAGCUAACAAGAUGAAUGGAGCUUUGGAUCAUUCAGACCAACCAGACCCAGAUGCCAUUAAGAUGUUUGUUGGACAGAUUCCCCGUUCAUGGUCGGAAAAAGAGUUAAAAGAACUUUUUGAGCCUUAUGGAGCUGUCUACCAGAUUAAUGUUCUCCGAGACAGAAGUCAGAACCCUCCCCAAAGUAAAGGUUGUUGUUUCGUAACAUUUUAUACAAGAAAAGCUGCUCUUGAGGCACAGAAUGCACUGCACAAUAUUAAAACUUUACCUGGGAUGCAUCAUCCUAUUCAGAUGAAACCCGCAGAUAGUGAAAAGUCAAAUGCUGUGGAAGACAGAAAAUUGUUCAUAGGAAUGGUUUCGAAGAAGUGUAAUGAGAAUGAUAUCAGGGUGAUGUUUUCUCCGUUUGGCCAGAUAGAAGAAUGCCGAAUCCUUCGGGGACCGGAUGGGCUGAGCAGAGGCUGUGCGUUUGUCACAUUUUCUACAAGGGCAAUGGCACAGAAUGCAAUCAAAGCCAUGCACCAGUCUCAGACCAUGGAGGGCUGCUCUUCGCCAAUCGUGGUGAAGUUUGCCGAUACUCAAAAGGACAAGGAGCAGCGGCGUUUGCAGCAGCAGUUGGCACAGCAGAUGCAACAGCUCAAUACUGCCACUUGGGGAAACCUCACAGGUCUUGGAGGACUCACACCACAAUAUCUAGCUCUCCUGCAACAAGCAACUUCCUCCAGUAACUUGGGUGCCUUCAGCGGCAUUCAGCAAAUGGCCGGUAUGAACGCUUUACAGUUACAGAAUUUGGCAACUUUAGCAGCUGCAGCAGCCGCCGCCCAAACCUCAGCUACGACCACCAAUGCAAAUCCUCUCUCCACAACGACUGGUGCUCUGGGAGCCCUCACAAGUCCCGUGGCUGCAUCAACUGCUAAUUCCACAGCUGGUGCGGCCAUGAAUUCUUUGACUUCUCUGGGUACUCUCCAAGGAUUGGCUGGAGCCACUGUUGGACUGAAUAAUAUUAAUGCACUAGCAGGUAUGGCGGCCCUGAACGGAGGACUCGGCGCAACAGGCUUGACGAACGGUACGGCCGGCACGAUGGACGCGCUCACCCAGGCCUACUCAGGAAUCCAGCAGUACGCUGCCGCCGCGCUGCCGACGUUGUACAGUCAGAGCUUGUUGCAGCAGCAAAGCGCUGCCGGCAGCCAGAAGGAAGGUCCAGAAGGGGCAAACCUCUUUAUUUACCACCUCCCCCAGGAGUUUGGAGACCAGGACAUUCUGCAGAUGUUCAUGCCUUUUGGAAACGUUAUCUCUGCUAAAGUCUUCAUUGACAAACAGACCAAUCUGAGCAAGUGCUUUGGUUUUGUUAGCUAUGACAAUCCAGUCUCUGCACAAGCUGCUAUCCAGGCUAUGAACGGCUUUCAGAUUGGCAUGAAACGCUUGAAGGUUCAGCUGAAACGCUCCAAAAAUGACAGCAAACCUUACUGAUCUUAACCCCAGAUGCUUACUGCUCUUAUUUUAGCUUUCUUAGGACAUCUCCAUGCCCGUUAGCCCAUCGUUUGCCUAGCAUGUCCCUGUGGCGUCUCAAAAAAAAAAAAGUUUCAUCGUCCCGUCAUUGUUUCUGAUGUCUUUCUGACCUCACAUCAUAUUUGGUUCUCCUACUGACCUUUGACCUAGUUUGACCUUUGAAAUUUGCAUGUGACCUCAUCUAGCUAUGAAUUCUGGGAAGUCAAUGUGAAAAAACAUUGCUGCAUUCAUGCAAGACUGAAAUUUAUUAUUAGAGAAAUUAAUGAUAGGAUUUAAAAACAACCUGUGGCAAAAUGUUUUUUCUUUCUUUCCUUUCUUGGUUUUCUUUUUUCCUUUGGGUUUUUCGGUUUGGGUUUUUUGGUUUGGUUUCGGUUGGUUUUUUUUUUCAUUUCGUAAAAAAAAAAAUAAAAAAAAAAACAGACUUGAAAGUAUUAUACAGGGAUUGGCAUUCUGCCUGGUCACUGGUGACAAUAGCAAUAUGUGUCCAGAGGCACAGAAUGUUGGUUUCUAACAGACUACUUCCAAAACAGUUUGAGAAAUAAAACUGUCUGAUUUUAAGUCUCUAGAGGUCUGUAAUAGUUUCUACAUUUUUCAGGCAGUGUAAAGUUUUUUGAUAAGGCCAUUUUAGGUGGCUCACUUUCUCAUUAAAGUAUAUAUAUAGAACCACUUUUUGUAGAUUAGUAUAAGAAAAUAUUUACCCUGUUUUAGGGCAAAUGCUACCUACUUGUGUCACCUUUUGCUGAACUGACUCACAGUUAGACAAUCCAUGGUUUAAUGCACAUGAAAUUACCUAUAUUUUAUACUGUUUCAAUGUACAGAAGAAAGGUUACUGUAAAAUGUGUUACGUUGGUGCUUCUGUGAAUUAAGUUGUGGUUUCAUCAUGAGUCUUAUGGUCUUAAGUGUUCUAUGUUUAUAAAAGACGAGUUUAAAAUUGGUUUACUUGAACAACAAGAACAAAAACAAGAUUCAAAAGAAAAAAAAAAAACACAAAAAAAAGUUGUUUGCUUAAAAAAAAAAGAAUUUCAUGUGAAAAAUGAAAAACUAUUCCAGAAUAAGUUUGUGUUGGCUUGUGACGCAUUGAUGUCAUUUUUUUAUUGUGAACAAUUUAGAUGUGUUUGUGUUCAGCAAAAUGUGAUCGGUUUUUCUUUUAAAGAAAAAAAAAAAUCAGUGAAACUAUAGUGCCAAAUUCCAAAGGUACUUUCUUCCUAGAGCUUCAGUGUGUUUCUUGUGUGAAGUAAUUUGAUAACAUGGGUAUUUUAUUAUGUGUUUUGUAUAAAUCCCUAAUAUUUAAAGAAAAAAGAGGUUAAAAAGUUUGUUAACUUGCUAUCCUGUGGUCUUGUUGCCUGAAAUUGUUAUUGUUUGUUAUUUCUCUUUGAUGUUUUUUGUAAAACAUUGUAUAAGUGCCCAUGUUUCACUUUUUUAACCACUCUGCACACAUCAAUGCUGUGAAAGCAAACCUCACUAUGUAUUUUCUUCAUAUUGUAUGGAAACCUCUAAGGUGAGAAAGUUUUGAACUUUUAACCCUUUCCACCCAGAGCUGUCUUGAGUGUUAAUACCUUUUAUACAUUCACCAUUUUGCUGUUUAUUUUUAUAUAUAUAUCUAUAUCUAUAAAUAUAUAUAUACUUAGUUUUUUGUGGUUUAUUUAAUACAUGGUUGAAAUCAGAACAAUGCACAGGGCAGAUCUGAAGGACAAAAAUAUUUUACUGCUGUCUAAAUUUCUUCUGUAUCUAUAACUAAAAUUAUUUAAAACCGUAAUUAACUUGUGGUUUUUCCUUUUUAGAUUUUGGGGAUUUUGUCUUUUCUUAAAGAGCUUUUAAUAUGCUGCUGGAAUAUGCUAUUCAGUAUUAAUAAAAUAAAAGAAAAAGAAAACAAUUCUUUAAUUAUCUAUUGUGUGAGCCGCUCCCAGACAGGAGUGGUAAAUCCACCAUUUGAAAACCUUGAGGAGAAAAAAAAAAUAGUAUUUUUGUAAUUUAAAUAAAUGAACUUUUGCUUAAAUCAGAUGCACUAGAUCUUCCUGGGUGAAAAUUCAGUGUGCACUGCAGUUAAACUACUUCUUUUUAUGGAUAAAGUUUACAUACACUGUAAUGUUUGGUGUCAUCUGCCAUUAUUUGUAACGGCAAUAUAUUGGCUUACUCCUGCAGACACUCGUAUCGAGAGGAGUAACUUUACUCGUACAAGUAGCCCAUGGGAAUAUAUUUGUGACUGAUGUGGGUGUUUGCUGGAGGAAGCUCUGUGUAAGGAACCAGAAAAGAGAUGCUGGUAGCCCUUUUCACUGCCUUGUAAGUCUGAUUAGAUUGCAUUUCUACUGCACAAGUAGUGACCAACAACCAAAUUUGGUUUUUUGCUACCGGUAGAGAGAAUUCAUUGCCAAUCCAAUGCGUGUGAGCAGCAGUACCUGCUACUGAUGAUAAAGUGCCAUACCUUCUUCCACUUCCUAUUUCUAUCCGAUUAUAUUCAAAGCCGCCUAAAACUAAAAACGAAGCCCUAUAUGAACAACAUCAGCUGGUGCACUCUUGUCUCUCAUCCCCAACUUAAAUGCUUCUUUACGUAGAGCCCUGGGAUGGAAAGGACUAGCCUCUAGUGAUGCAAAAAAGUUUCCUUCUUAUAGCACAUGCACUUACAAAUAAAUGAUCUAUACUUUUCUCACGUUUUUACUACUGCUGGGGCCUUCCUACACCCUUUGAGGGCUAUUUUGUACUACUUGCAGCAAUUUUGCGUAUUCAAAGUAUCAUCUUACAUACGUUAUAUUAUAUAUAUGUACCUAUAUAUAUAAUAUGAGAUCAUCAUUUGGAUUGUUUAGACUGUUUCGCUAAUUUUUCUCGUUGUACCCACCAUAUAAAUUUCCAAAGCUUUUUUAGACACCCUGGUGUGUCCUGCGGGUUUACCAGUCCGGUUAGAGCGGUGAUGCCUUUGGUCCUCGGGCAGUGUAACUCGGCGUCAGGCUGCCCCGAAUUACGCUGCACGGGACGUUGGCUUAGCAGCGGGAGAGGAGGAAUGUUUCUGUACUUCCAGGCAACUGAGAUGGGUCAUUGCUGAGAAAAGUGUCCAUCUUGAAAUAAAAUUUAAAAAAGAUAAAAUAAAAAUCAAGUACAAAACAAAAACCCAACCGUACACCUCUUGGGAGACAAAUUAUCUACCAGUUCUCUUUCAAAAUAUUGAAAGGAAAAAGCUGCAAGGGUGCAAGGGCCUAAUAAGAGAGGAAGAAAAACAAGGGAAAUUGCUUUACAAAAUUCUAAUCAAAAGACUAGACUAGUUGUUUUUCCGAACAAAUUAGCUAAUUGCGAUGAAAUGGCAGUCCUCAAAGGAGUAACAAGUUCAUCUUUCUUUCACCAUAGGGGUUACAG